UGCAGACUGCUUCUACAAACAUUUGUGAAAGACUGUGCAAUAAGUUCAUGUGGAAUUUCCUUGCUACUAAAUAUUCCACGGUCAACUGUUAGUGGUAUUAUAAGAAAGUGGAAGCAACUCGGAACAACAGCAACUCAACCACAAAGUGGUAGGCCAUGUAAAAUGACAGAGCGUGGAUCAGCGCAUGCUGAAGCGCACAAUGCACAGAAGUCGCCAACUGUCUUCAGAGUCAAUAGCUAAAGACUUCCAAACUUCAUGUGGCCUUGAGAUUAGCACAACAGUGCAUAGAGAGCUUCAUGGAAUGGGUUUCCAUGGCCGAACACCUACAUCCAAGCCUUACGCAAUGCAAUGCAUCAGAUGUAGUGGUGUAAAACAUGCCGCCACUGUACUCUAGAGCAGUGGAGAUGUGUUCUCCGGAGUGACAAAUCACGCUUCUCUGUCUGGCAAUCCAAUGGACUUGUCACGGUUUGGCAGUUUCCAGAAGAAAGGUACUUGCCUGACUGCAAAGUUUGGUGGAGGGAAGAUUAUAGUGUGGGGUUUUUUUUUUCAGGAGUUGGGCUUGGCCCCUUAGUUCCAGUGCAGGGAACUCUUAA